CUGUCUCACUUGGCCAUUUCAAUUUUAGCUGUUAGUGAUGGUCAAGUUUCAUACCGAAAAUAUCAGAAGACACUCUUUUGUAUUGAGCCUACAGUUUGCAAUGUCUUGCUGCAUACCACCAGGCGAAAUUUGCGGGGAAGGUCUUCUACCUUAUCAUAAUAAAGCGAAGUCUUUCACUAACCAGUUUGCAUUAAAAAGUGAAACACCGGAAAAGCGAAAGUUGAGUUUCGCUAGAUAUACUAGAGUGCAUGCAUCAAUGGGUCUGCUUAACAUAUGACCGGAAUGCCCAGUCAUGUUUGUACCAGUUGAUCUUGGGAUAUCUACCACACGGGUUGCAACCAAUUUCCCUCGCCGCCAAUAUUUUUUUGCCAGGCUUACCUUCUGUACGGCACUAGAUUGCAUUAAAAGAAAACUACGCUAAUCUUUUUCAAGAAUUACGGCAGUACCUUCAAAUUGAAGUUACAUCAAUGGAAGGAAUUCAAAAAAUGCGUUUGCGCAUUUCUUCCUUGUCUUCGCAUUGGAAAACCUACGUUUUACUGCUGUUACCGUUAAUUCUUUUACCGCUACCAAUCAUGGGGAGUGGAAAGGAAGCACGAACAGGCUUUGUAAUCAUCAUAAUGGCGAUCUACUGGAUGACUGAAGCUUUGCCUGUACCUGUCACUAGUCUGCUUCCUGUUGUCCUCUUCCCUUUACUAGGCGUAAUGGAUACGAAAAAAGUCUGCACUGCUUACAUGAAAGAAACAACGAUGAUGUUUAUAGGAGGUUUGAUGGUAGCUCUGGCAAUCGAGAAUAGCAAUUUGCACAAAAGAAUUGCUUUGAAAGUUUUACUUUUCGUCGGCGCCAGUCCUAGAUGGUUGAUGCUAGGUUUCAUGUUGACCACUAUGUUUCUGUCCAUGUGGAUUUCGAACACAGCUACCACCGCCAUGAUGGUUCCCAUCGUUGAGGCCGUAGUACAAGAGCUGUUCAAGGACAACGUGGAGGAAACGAAAGGGGAUCCAAACGUACGUGUAGGUCCAAAGAGGUCGUCGACCUCUUCGUUCUCGCUCGAAAUGGAUCAUUCGUUUGAAAAUAUUUACCAGAAUGCUGAAACAGGAUCAGUAGACUCCGUUGCUGAUGACUACGUUGGUAAAAGCUGCGUGGAACUGACAACCUCUGGAGAGCAAAGGUGCUCCGACCAAACUGAUGACAAAAAGAAAAUCAGUAGCUGCGUCCUCAUGUCUAUUGCAUACGCUUCCAAUAUUGGAGGUACUGGAUCUCUUAUAGGGUCUGGUCCGCAGUUGGUCCUUAAAGGAAUACUGAAUGAGUUGUAUGGUUCAGAUUCUGGUUUGAAUUUUGCUACAUGGAUGGCAUUUAAUAUUCCAGGCAUGCUCAUCAAUACGUUUUUUGCAUGGAUAUGGCUUCAGUAUCUAUUCAUUGGAUUCAAGCGAACCACGGCAGACGGAAAAGGAAAAGCUCUAAUCGUUAAAAAUCUAAUUAGGAAAAAGUACGAAGAAUUGGGACCAAUGACCUUUCACGAACUGGUGACACUCAUUUUAUUCAUUUCGUGUGUUGCGCUAUGGUUUUUCCGCGACCCGCAAUUUAUCACUGGAUGGUCAGAAUUCCUACCUGCAGUAAGAGUGGAUGAUGCAACUGCAGUAAUGGCUAUCGUCAUGCUUUUUUUCAUCAUCCCAGCAAAGCCAAAAUUUUGGUUCACUAAUCAAGGAGAAAGAGAUUCAGAUCGAUCGAAUCCUUCCCUUUUGGAAUGGAAGUCUGUACAGGAUAAGUUACCGUGGGGAAUCGUUCUUCUUUUUGGUGGUGGUUUCGCCAUAUCCGAUGCCUCAAAAAUAUCCGGACUUUCUACUUGGCUUGGAAGUCAAUUAGCUGGUUUAAGUGCCCUGCCUCCAUUUGCUAUAAUGUUGAUUAUUUGCAUCAUGACCGCUGCCAUAACGGAAGUCGCAUCUAACACAGCUAUAGCCAAUAUCCUUUUACCUAUUUUGUCUGAAAUGGUAAGCAAAUAUACUGUACAAGUCAACCCGCUAUUCCUCAUGCUGCCUGCAACGGCCACUUGUUCGUACGCCUUCAUGUUGCCAGUGGCCACCCCUCCUAAUGCAAUAGUUUUCGCUGCAGGGAAAAUGAAUCCGGUUGACAUGAUGAAGGCAGGUUUCUUCAUGAACAUCAUAUGCGUUUUCACCAUUUGUGUGCUGACUACCAGCUUUGGUAGUGUGAUAUUUGGAUUCAACGAGUUUCCAGAUUGGGCCAUUCCAAAAAUACCAAACAAUACAAUGGUUACGGUGUCACUUAUCUCAAACUACACCACGCAGUGAAAACAAUCCAUCAAGAGAUAGGAUUGAGUAUCGAUGUACAUAGGAUUAAUCUCAACAAAAAUUCCGCACAUACAUUUCGAUGAGUGGUUUUCAACGUUAAUGCCAGCUUAUAGAACAAACAGCGCUAAUAUUUUCAAGGAAAGGAAGAAACCAUAUUUGGUUGGGGAAAAAAAUAUACCAUGUAUUUCAAAUUGAAUUCUCAUCACUGAUAUUCUGCGGUUAUCAAGAUUUUUCUGUGGGGAAUAAGUUGCCAUCCAGGAAAAGACCUAUAAACAAUGACUACGGAGAAUAAGAUGAGAUUUGAAAUAAAUAUUUACCAUACCAAUUUA